AUGUCUGAGAAUACUACCAGCCCCGCGCCUCCAGUGCCUACUGACGGGCCCAGCCCGACUAACCCUACGCCCGAGGAUGGCCCCAUUGUAGCACCGGAUGAUGAUAAUCUCACCGAUGACACCUCCACGAGUCUAGCAAGCUCUAUCCUGCAACAUCGCAUCGAGAACGGGCGGACGUAUCACAAGUACAAGGAUGGCAAAUACCACUACCCCAACGACGAGAAGGAGAAUGAUAGACUCGACCUCCAACACAACAUUUACCUACUCAGCCUCAACUACAAGCUGGGCCUGGCUCCUCCCAACGACAACCUCAAGGCUCAGCGUGUCCUCGAUGUAGGAACUGGAACCGGAUUGUGGGCUAUUGAUUUCGGCGAUGAACAUCCUGAAGCAGAGGUGGUUGGAGUUGACCUCACUCCAGUGCCAACUGCAUUUGUCCCGCCCAAUGUCAAGUUCGAGGUCGAUGAUAUCGAGGAGCCCUGGACGUACAGCCAACCUUUCGACUACAUCCAUAUUCGCGGGAUGACCUCGAGCAUUAGUGAUUGGAAGAAGUUUUUCGAGAAGGCUUACAAUCAUCUGACCCCUGGCGGCUACAUUGAGCUGUUUGAAGGCCACAUGAGGCCCGACUGCGACGAUGGAACAUUGACAUCAGAGAACGCUCUCAUCAAGUGGGUAGACAAGAUCGAAGAGGCCUCCAAGAUCUUUGGCCGCCCUUAUAUCGACGUUCCAGGCCUGGUGCCUCUCCUCAAGGAGACCGGCUUCAUUGAUGUGGAAGUAGUCAAGUAUAAGUGGCCCGUCAGCCCCUGGGCCAAGGACCCCUAUUAUAAGGAGCUUGGCGAGUGGUGUCUCGAGAACUUUAUGGAGGGCCUCGAGGGCUGGAGCUUGGCCGCCUUCACGAGGGCCCUCAAUUGGACCAAGGAGGAGGUCCAGGUCUUCCUCAUUCAAGUCAGAAAUGAAUUGAAGGACCGAAGGAUACACGCAUACUCGUCUCUGUAA